CCUAGCCCCAAUGCCGUUGCCUUCUCCCCUCCUUGAAAUCUCCAGGGCUAACAAUUAACUUACAGCCCGUUAAAUCAUUUUUUACCUUGACCUUGCCUUGCCUUACAAACCUACAAACCCAAAAAACCCUUUUUCCCAUCAACCACCAAAAAACACCGAACAACAUCAAACCCCCCUUUGGUGUCCACAACGCGUAUCCGAGAGGCCAGACCCACGAUAUGAAAUUCGACAAUACUCGACACAUUCUCCAACUACUACUCUGAUCGUGAUAUCUGGGAUUACUACAAUAUCAGAACAGAAAGGAACCGAACAGAACACACACGGCCACGCCUGUUCGUUGUCGCAGUGCCGCCCAUUCUACAAUCUACAUUCUGUUUCUCCCUUCCCUCCUUACCCCCUUUGCUUGUUCAAUCAAACAAAUCCAUCCACUACCCCCUCUCGUUCUUGUUGUCCUCGCUUUCGACUUUCGCUUCGACCUCAAAACCUUUAAGCCACCGAUUUCCGUCGAGUCGAUAUCAUACAAUACAACAACACCUUACGACCCGAUAUUUACUUCCUCGCAUUAUAAUAUAGACAGGUGGCGUAUCGUCUUGUAUACUAGCACGACUAGUUCCCAGAUAUACAUGCUUUAUAAUCAGAUAAAGGAGUAAUAAUGAGGAUACCGGUACCAUCCUCCGACGAUAGGAUGGAUUCCGGCCGACCUCGGUCUAGUCAGACUACGGUAUCUGUCAACUUUGACGAUGGCGAUUCUGUCUCCCCGCAUCCACGUAUUAAAUUCGGGGUUGCGGAGUGCAUCGAGACCAAGACGGUUACAACCACAACCACGACCAAACGAUCCUAUCCGCCUCUUCUCGUACGAGAGUCCAAACCACUUUCGUCUCUCGACUCCAAGGAAUACCCCCUAGCCUCGAAGCCUACUCCUCCCGAGUUGGCUAAAUUUACUUUCAAUGUCUCCCAAUUUGGUGGCUUGUCCUGGCCUGUUGAUGAGGGUAUCGACAAUCACGAUUCCCAAUUAUCUACUAGUGAUGAUUCUCUUCAAGAGAUUAAAACGGAACCCGGAUUAGAUAUCUCCCAUUCACAAACUAGCCGGCAAUCUAGGCCUUACCUACCGCUCUCAUCGCGCAGGUCUCACAGGUCGGGCUCUCGAGCAGCUUCGCCUGUUGUCAGCGGAUCUAUAAGGAAGAAUUCGCAAAAGCAGCCGACGCGAUCUUUUACCCCGACCCUCCCCCAUGCUGUGUCAGAUAAACUACGCCGCGCCCUCAGUCACGGCCCACGCAAGGAUGCGAUUAAGAAUAAUACAAAUAGGGUUACUGGUGGUUUUCCUGUUACUCCCGAUACUUCUGAGUUAACUCCUAUCGACACUCAUCGACCCCUUAAACUACGCAGCUCGCAUCUCGACUCGUUUGAGACCCCCGAGUCGAACAACACCACACAAGAACAAUCUUUCUUCGACAUUUCGAGUCCUUCCGGUAGUGAUUCGCACACCGUCUUUGGCAGCAAUGUGGCUACUCCCCCCAUUACUGACGCGGAUGCCGAUGCGGAACCGUUUGCCGACGCGGAUGCCGAUGAAUCCCUUCAACAAUCCAUUCGUGCCUUGCAUCACCCGCGGCCGAUUAACACUCUCGCCGCUCAAGAUGCAAGCCUACCCAGCCCACGUCUAUCACCAACACUCCAGGCUUCCAGAAUUCACGAACUUGAUCAAGAUGAGGGCGACAACACUGUGGAUGAAGAGGUGUCUCUUAUUUUCCCCGAGGAUAGCCAGAAUUCGAUGGACUACGAGUCCGGCCCGACUUCUGCCACGGAACCUUCGUCGAUGCUCGUCAAACGUUUCGAGGAUGCUUCCCAAUCUUCCCAGCCGACGAUAAUGGAUACCCGUUCGAUGCUAGAAACAUUUGAUUCGAUGCCUGCCGAGAUGAAAUCGUUCAUGAUGUAUCAAUUCUUGCGAAGAUGCUCCAGAAAGACACUCCAUGUCGUUGCUGAUGUGGUCAACCCGGCCCUAAAGUGCGACAUUUUGAAAGACUUACCUCUUGAGCUAACUCUCCAUAUCCUUUCUUAUCUAGAUUAUCGAGAUCUCUGCCGUGCUGCCCAAGUUUCCAAGUAUUGGCGGGGUAUCAUCGACAGUAACGAAACUGGCUGGAGGGAGUUAUUUGAUCGGGAUGGCUUUACGCUAACCCCUAGCGAGCUCGAUAGAGCCAUCAGAGAAGGUUGGGGCUGGCAGGAUCCGGUUGGACCCGAAGGUUGCGAGCGCGAUUUCAGCACCCAAGCUCGACUCACAUCGACCGAGACAGAGUUGAUUCGUUCCUCAAAGCCGGAUCCGCCUCAGAAGUUACGUUCUUCAAAACGUAAGAGAGCCUUGAAUGGCAUUGGUUCCGAGCGAUCGAAACGAAGGGCAAGUGCACAAGAGAUGGCGAAGGACGAGAAGACAUACACCGGUGAACGAGUCCACAAAUCCGAGGGGCCUUUGUCUGCCGCCAAUGCCGCUGCCAUGGCCGUUCCCGAUCCGCAUAUUGGUCUUCCGAGCCUUAGAAGGUUGCACCUAUUUAAAUCGCUUUAUCGUCGUCACUUUAUGAUCCGCAAGAAUUGGACAAGUGGGAAGGUCAAGCCUAGCCACGUCGCUUUUGCAGCUCAUCCUCGGCAUGUUAUUACCUGCCUGCAGUUUGACGAAGACAAGAUCAUAACUGGCAGUGACGAUAUGCUUAUCCAUGUAUACGAUACUAAUACUGGCAAGCUCCGCCGCCACUUGGAGGGUCAUGAGGGUGGAGUCUGGGCUCUGCAGUACGAAGGCAACGUUCUUGUGUCUGGUUCGACAGAUCGCUCCGUUCGCGUAUGGGACAUUGAGAAGGGACUUUGCACCCAGGUCUUUUAUGGCCAUACUAGUACUGUGCGAUGUCUACAAAUCUUGAUGCCGACAGACACUGGCAAGGUGGAGAAUGGACAGUCUGUUAUGAUGCCACCGAAGCCUCUUAUUAUCACUGGAUCUCGCGAUAGUCAAUUGCGAGUUUGGCGUCUUCCCGAAUCCGGAUCUAGGAGAUAUAUACAGACAGGACCGCCGGCUCAAGAUUCCGAUUGUCCUUACUUUAUCCGCACUCUCCAAGGACAUAACCAUUCAGUCCGUGCUAUCGCUGCCCAUGCUGAUACACUUGUCAGCGGAAGUUACGAUAACACAGUUCGUGUGUGGCGAAUCAGUACAGGGGAGACUGUACAUGUCUUGCAGGGUCAUUCCCAGAAGGUGUACAGUGUCGUGCUUGACGUUACUCGAAAUAGAUGCAUAUCAGGUAGCAUGGACAGUUCCGUCAAGAUAUGGGAUCUGGCAACUGGAUCCUGCAUACAUACUCUGGAAGGGCACACGCUACUCGUUGGUUUGCUCGACCUUCGUGACGAGCGUCUUGUUUCAGCAGCGGCGGAUAGCACGCUCCGUAUCUGGGACCCUGAGAGUGGCCGGUGCCAAUCUACCCUGUCUGCUCAUACCGGCGCGAUUACUUGCUUCCAGCAUGAUGGGCGCAAAGUUAUUAGUGGUAGCGACCGGACUCUUAAGAUGUGGGAUAUCCGCACAGGCGAGUGCAUUCAAGACCUUCUUACGGACCUUAGUGGGGUCUGGCAGGUCAGGUUUGAUGAACGCCGAUGUGUGGCGGCUGUCCAGCGGGACAAUCUAACUUAUAUCGAGAUCCUUGAUUUCGGCGCAGUCCGUGAGGGCAAGUCGUCUGAGGAGCUCGGUAAACGCAUCCUUCUCAACCCUACUGAGGUCCAGAGAAUUAUGGACGAAGAUGUCUAAGUGCGACAAGGGAUUAGAUUGGUUAGGCCUCACAACCAUAAAACCUCCUAGUUUCGCACGCAACUAUAUUAUAUAGACCGUAGUGGAUCCUUUACAUCCGCCCACAUGGUUUUGCCGACGAAUUACGAGGUCCCUUACUUAUCGAUGAGGAUGUUUUUCGUCUAACAUCCUUCAUAUCGAAAACCACGACAUCGACGUGGAGGAGUAACGAGAAAAAGAGACAAAAGUCGCGACAUUUAGCUACUUGCUAAGAGAAUUUCUAUAGUAAAGCAUAUAUCUAUUAUUUCCUUCCCCUUCGUAUGAUCAAUGGUAUAUAUAUUCAUAGGGGCUGUUGAUAAUUAAGGGCUGUGUACGGAGGGUGGGGUGAAGGAGUAUACACAGAACAACAGCAGCAGCAGCAGCAUAUUUUCUCCGGACAGCUGUGCAAUUUUAUUAAUGCAUUAGUACGCGAGUUCGGAGGGCAAUUACAUGAUUGAGCAUUGACCAAGGCCAAAGGAGGCGUUGAGGGCAUGACGGCAUCACCGGGCAUUGUGGCGUUCAUCUACUCGAGAAAGAAGCAAGCAUAUUCUAGGGCGUAAUGGUCAUCUUUGUAGGAGUAAGCAGGCGUGCAGUACAUCUUUACGAAAUGAAAAGUUUCUUUAAGUGCCAUUAAUAUUUUUU